GGUGCCCAAGGUAAGGCCAUGGUAUAAAAGAGUCCGACAGUUUUACGUAAAGCCUUUUCUGCUAUACUUUGCUAGCAAAAUGAACGUCGUCCUUCUCUUCCUCCUGGCAACAGUUGAUACAGUGACUGCAGCUACCAGUGCCCCCUUUCGGAAUCUGUGGCAAUUCCAUAACAUGAUCAAAUGCACCAUUCCGAGCAGUGACCCACUGAAGGAUUACAGUGACUAUGGAUGCUACUGUGGCCUUGGUGGAAGUGGGACUCCUGUGGAUGACCUGGAUAGGUGCUGCCAGAUACAUGACAACUGCUACGGAGAUGCCCUAAAACACCGUGACUGUAAAUUCCUCAUGGACAACCCCUACACAAAGACUUAUACCUACAGCUGCUCUGGCAGUGAUAUCACCUGCAGCGUGGACAAGGGUUACACAAGCAACGCUGACCAGAUAUAAGAAGAGAAUGACUCAUGUGCAGCGUUUAUCUGCAACUGUGACCGAAGUGCAGCCAUCUGCUUUGCAGGAGCUUCGUACAAUAAGGAAUUCAAGAAACUGGACACCAGCGAAUACUGCAAAUGAAACUCAUUUUGCACCAGACUUUUUGCACAGUCUUUGCAUAGGCUGUUUCCCAGAGAAGGAUCUCAUAGACACUUUUUGGUAAAACAGAAAGGAUGGAAGAAGGGAGAAUGUAUUCAGGUUUCACUACAGCAAAGGAGAUUGGCCUUUAAUAAAACCAGGCAUCUGAA